AUGGCAAGUGGUAAAAUGGAAGCUUUGCUGAAUUUGCUACCUGAGGUGCCUUUGGACUCUGACAGCUUAGUUAGUCAGACAGUGUUUAACUCUCUGCAGGAACUGGGGUGCGUGGAUGCAGAGGGUGUCCUGACAUUCCUUCGUAAGUACAUCACCCACCACCACCACCUGCCUCUGGCACGUCGCACAGACUUGCUGAAGGUGAUGGUACAGUUGGUGAAGGACAACAUUGAUAAGCUGGGAAGGACAGUCGCUAAAAAACUCAUCACCUUGGCUUCCUCAGAAAUGACCAGACGCAUGGAUGUGACUGAUGAGCACCAGGAGGUUGCAACCCAGCUCCUCCUCAGUGUGGGCCAUUGGUUUACCAAGGAGGCUUUUGAUGAGCUCCUUUCAUUUUUCCAGCCAAAGACGGAGCCAUUUUUCUUUGUGGUGCUGGCAUUAGCCAAUCUUUGUAAAGAGCACGUGCAUUUCAUCGUCCCUUUACUGAGACCUGUUCUCCAAACUCUGGUCGCUCUGCUUCCUGUCGUAACAGAGGAGAAAACCAAGUGGGUAUUCUGCUUUGCCUUGGGAAUUUUCAGUGAAAGCAUCCUUGCAUACUUGUAUGACAUAGAGGAAGCCCCAGACCCUACAGUGAAGAAGAAUCUAUUUUUCCUGGAGUUCUCCACUGCUUAUGACAUCCUGUUUAGUACGUGGCUGAGUUCAGAUGAAGAUAAUGUCAACACAGCAGUGGUUGAGACAUUAGGACAGAUUACCCACCUUAUACCUUUCGACAAACUGGAGAAUGAACUGCCAAGGUUAAUUCCCACAAUCCUGGCCUUGUACCGGGGGGCCUCCAGUGACUUCUGCAUCACCGAGGGUCUGUACGGCGUUCUGCACACAGCCAUUGAGAGAAACAGUGAAGAGCUGGCUUUGCAGAUCGACAGCUUGCUUAUCAGCCUACACAGGCAGAUCUGCACUGCACUCUGGCAGCCCAGUGACAUUUAUGUACAGAAGCAGCAACAAGAAAUCCUUUGCUGCUUCAAACUUCUAACACCAGCAUUCACCUCUCAUAUCAUAGAAUUCCUGCUGCUGAAACUGGAAAUCAACAACAGCCAAGUCCGGUUGGGAACACUGACAAUCCUGGAUCACCUGAUCAACGCAGUUCCUCUCUACAUGGCCAGUCAGAAGAAUCAGAUUCUGGCUGGUACCAAGUUGUUGAUGCUGGCUACCGACAACAGGGUGAAGGCAAAACUCAGCCAAGUCAUAUACACGAUGGCCACACAUAGUUACCUGCAUUUGGAUGGUGGUAAGGACAUGGUGGAGUUUAUCAUCCGGCAGUGUGCUCUGCCCGUUAUGGAGAAUGAGAAGAACACAGCAGAUCCCUUAGCCGAGAUAGCAGAUGUGGUCACAGACCAGAACUUAAGGAGGCAAUGUGAGCAACUGAUGGAAAUGUUGACAGCUUUACCCAUCGACAAUGUUCUCUGGCCAUUGCUCUUUGAAUUCAUUAUCCCAGUUCGAUGUACAAAUGCCUUAGCGACGAUUUGCAACUCUUUGGUGUUUCUUGCAAUGAAGAAAGCAGAAGCUGAGCCCACUGAAUAUUUUCUCAAUUACAAGGAGAAUUCCAAUAUUCCUGGGCCUCAGGCACUGUUGACCAGGCUCCUGACUAUGUCCUCCUCUUUGCAUCAGGAGAAAAGCAGAUGUACUCCUGUGUUAUCUCUGCUCCGAGUUUUGGGCACUGAUAUCCACCCUGCAGCACCUCAAGUUUGGGAGAGGGAAUUUCCGAACCUGCUCAACUAUCUGCAAGUGAAUUCUUCAAAAUCUCUUUUGCAGAGCCAGUGGGAAGAAAAACUGGUGAAGGUUUUGCUGCAGACGCUGGAAUUGAUUGCAGACGAGAAAUGGGCCAGUCAAUUUGCUACGGAGCUUAUCAGCCACCUUCACAGGCACAGCAAUGUCUCACAGGAGAAGGGGUUUGUGUACAAGUGUCUAGGUGUGGUGCUGCAACUUAGCCAGGAUGAAGAAUUAGUGAAGAAGAAACUUCAAGAGAUGCUGCAGACUGUGCAACAUAGUGAAUCUCAGGAGAAGGAAGGUAUAGCUAUUGGGUUUGGGUACUGUGCUGUUGCCCAUCUCAACACUACAUUGAUUAGCCUGAAGGAAUUUGCAAAGUUAAACAUUUUUAAGAAGACUGCAAGUUAUUUUCAGAUUAUAAAGGAUCAGCAGAACAUUGAGGUAAUCAAGGUAAAAAGCACGCUCAUUUUAUGCUAUGGGCAUGUCAUGUCAUUUUCUCUGAAGGAACUCACUCUGGAUAGGAUAGACAAUGAGAUUAUAGAGAACGUGCUCAACCAUUAUAAUAUCAGGAUCUUAGGAAUGAAGGUUGAGGUGAGGGAUCUGAGUUUGAAAUUAGGCCUGAUCAAGACUGUGACACAGUCAGUGGCAGCCAUCCAAGCCAUUGCAAAGCCUAACUAUAGUUUCAGCAGAAAGGCAGAGCUAUUGCAUUAUAUGCAAGAACUCAUCAAGGCUGAGCCAACAGAGGCGAUGGUGACCCCUGUCCGUAAGUCUGCAAUCAAUGCCUGCACAUCUCUCUUAAAGCUGCAGCCUCCGUUAAAGGAUAGUGCACAAUUGAUUCAAACAUGCCUAAAUGCUGUCUUCAGUUUGCCAAGACUGGAGGAGAAUGCUGUCAGUGACCACCCUACCAUAACUAUGGAGGAGAGGAAGGUGCUCUUUACUGAGACAAUGGCCUCCCUGUUGGAUUUUUUGAAGGAGCUUCUCCUUUUGGAUCUUUCCAGCACUGGGCUUCAGACAAUAUUUACAAACAUGGAGGUGUGGAUCCAGUCAGCCAAGGAGCAUACACGAGAAAUAGCAAUGGAGACCUUCUUGCAGCUUCUGGUCUUUUACCUGGAACAAGCUGAUGUCAGUGAUAAUGUUUCAUCUCUUAACUUGGGUGUCAUUAUUGGAUGUGUGGUGCUUCGAUUCAUGGAUCCUUCUUGCAUUGUAAGGGUGACGGCCAUUGAAUGUCUAGACAUACUUCUGUGUAUCCAAUUACGCUUCAAAGGGCAGUCUGCAAACCAGCAAGACACUGAGGUAGAGAAUCUAAAAAGCAUUAAGCAGGAGCUUUAUCAGUUCAAUCAGAGUUCCAUGUUUCAAAUUGGUACUGAGAUAGGAAAUGUUCUCUCAAAGUGCAUGGCUCAGGACCAGCUAAAAAGUUUACUCUUCACCUUGUUCAAAGGACUCACAGAUAACCAAACCAAUGGUUCCUAUUCUGCCUCGAUUGUCAUCCUUGUCCUCAUUUCGAACUGCGGGGCUAACCUCACCGAUGUGCCAGAAAUGAUCAAAGCGCUGCACCACCAGUUGCAGUCAAUCACUGAGGCAAGGAUCGUACAGAUGGUGACAUUUCUCAUCUCUGAUCUGGUGUCCCAGCAUAUGCCAGUGACACUGCCCUGCCUCUUAAGUUAUCCAAUUCCUUUUGAUAACCACAUUGGUGAUGUGUGGAGAUUGCUAAUGAAAACCAAUUCAGUUGCUACAGCCUCCAUUAAAUACCUAUUAGACAACUUAAAGCUGUUGUAUGAAAGCAGUAAGGAAUCGUUAUUGGGCAGUGGGUCAAAUUCUCAGAUGCAUCAGCCUCUGGCUGUAAUCUACACUCUUCAUGAGACAAUAUGUUCUCAGCAUUCAAUAACCAUGAUAGGGAGUCUCUAUCCCCAGCUCUUCAGCACAGUUCUGAUUCACCUGAGCUCCAGUGUCCAGCCCCGGCUUCCCUGGGACUUCCUUAGGAUCCAGUCAGACAGGAAAACUGGAUCGCCCCUGAAGCCUUUUAACGUUAUGGCUUGCAUCUACUCGGUGGAGAUCCUUCAGGUCUUACUGAGGCAGGAGGAGAACAGCAAUACAGACCUGGCACAGAAUGAGGACUGGGAUUUGCUCAGGAGGCCAGAAGUGCACCAUCAAGGGGUUGCCCUGCUAGCAGGUGCUGUGGCCGGUCAAGCUGCGCCACACCUCAUCGGCAUUGUUGAACAACUUGCACCGGUCCUCGCCAACAUCCACGAGAGCCAAAGGAUUACAGUGGCUGCCUUCUUCGGGGAGCUUCUCUGCCAGACAGUGGUGUCAGAACUGCUCCUUACUGACACACUGGUGAGCAUCUUGCUUCGGUGUUUGCUCGACAGCUCUGCUGUGGUCCAGUGGUUGGCUAUCAAGGGCUUGGGCAAUGCUGGAGCCUGUAAUGAGGGGGAUAAAUACACCAGUAAGCUUCUGCCUACAAUGCUGUCACUCAUGGACACGAACUCCAAGCAGAACACACUGCUGGCAUACGAGGCAAUGCACACCCUCUCUAGUACCUUGGACAGCCUGCCCCAACAUUACAUCGAGCCAACCCUGACUGACGUAGUAUUGGGCAUUGAACCUCUACUUGAACACCAGCAGGAUAAGGUGAGAGCUGCGGCGUUCAGCACCCUGUGGAAGCUGCUGCGAUUUCAGGACAUGCAGCGGGACCCGAUCUUUUCCGAGCACCUGUGUUCCACCUUGGUCAGCUUGCUGAUUCACCUCAAGGACAGGAACGAUGAGGUGAGGAGAACCUGCAGGCUAAUUCUGAAACAACUCGGGCCACUGUUGGAGUCAAAGCGCUUGUGCGCACUGUUUGCGGAGCUGGACUCAGAGGAAGGGCCCCUGGAUUAUGACAGUUACCUGACUGCGGCUUCUCUGUACAUUGGUGAAGAUCUCUCCAGCAAGGUCAUUCACUACGUACAGCACUGCGCCCUCUUCUUCAGCAACCCACAGACCGAGAUGCGGGAGAACGCGGUCACCUUGGCGAGUUGCCUCAUGCCCAAUGCGGUAGCAGAUUAUCCCAGGUCACCAGCCGCAAAUGAGAUCUGCCAAAAGAUGAUCGUUUUGCUGUCGGAUCACGUGCAGAGUGUCCGGGUCAAAACGGUAAUCGGAAUACAGCGCCUCUACAUGUACUGA